AUGAACAAAUUCUUCGCCCUCGUUAUUGCCGCCCUUUUCGUGGUCAAUGGUGUCACUGCUUUCACCAAUGUCAAGGCACCGGUGUCUGUCACCACCGCACCCGUUGCUUCCUUCAGUCCUUUUGUUGCUGAGACUUCUACCUCUCUCAACUUGAAGGUCAAGGUGGACCCUGAACAGAGCAAGAACCGAUCGAACCCUGCUGCUAUGAAGGGUGCCGCUUACGGAGGAUCGAUUGCUAUUGCAGUCCUUCUCCCCGUGGCUUUCCUUGUGUGGGCGGCAACCAAAUAA